AUGUCUGGUGCUGUGUUCUUUUUCUUAGGCUGGCUGUUGCAGCUAGCUGACGGGGAACUGGAUUACACUUCUCAGGGACAGGGGAUGCAACUGCAGGGCAACUUCUCUAUUGCUGGACUGUUUCCUCUGCACAACACAGAUGGACCACCUGCUACUUUGCCUGCUUUGGGCCCAUGUGACAAAAAUCCACCCAAUAAACAUGGCUUUCACCUGAUGCAAGCCAUGAGAUUUGCUGUAGAAGAAAUCAAUAACAGCACUGGACCACAGGCUCUUUUACCAGGAGUGAAGCUGGGCUACCAGAUGUACGACAUCUGCUCAGGACCAGCCAGUGUCUUGGCCACACUGGACCUGCUGAUGCAGCACUACCAGAGCCCCUCCACACCUGGGACAGAGGGAGGCACAGAUCCAGCCUAUGACAACAGUCAAAGUGCAGUGGCUGUAAUUGGGCCAGACAGCAGCAGUAAAGCAUUCACCCCUGCUGCACUGCUCGGCGCUUAUCUUAUACCAGAGAUCUCUUAUGAAGCAUCAAAUCAAAUGCUGAGCAACAAGUUCCUCUAUCCAUCCUUUUUCCGCACAAUUCCCAACGACAAGAACCAGGUGGCAGCUAUGAUCCAGCUGUUAAUUCAUUUCAACUGGACAUGGAUUGCUCUCUUGGGCAGUGACAAUGACUAUGGCCUGCAGGGCAUGCAGAGCCUGUCCCAGCAAGCACCAGACUACAAUAUCUGCAUAGCCUACCAAGGAAUCAUCCCCACACUCAGAGAUGACACAGUCCAAACUAUGAGGAGCAUGGUGGACAGCAUACUGUUGACCAAAGUUACCACCAUUGUAGUCUUCUCCAGCAAGUCAAUACUCAGUGGCUUCUUCCCAUUUAUCAUAGAGCAGAAUGUGAGAAAGAAGGUGUGGAUUGGGACAGAGGACUGGUCAGCGGCUACUCUUAUUUCGAGCAUUCCUAGGAUCCACACCAUUGGCACUGUGAUCGGCAUCUCCAUCCAAAAUGCAGUUAUGCCUGGUUUUGAGGAGUUUGAGAAAAAGGUAUUGGAUGUGAUGGAGCAGAGUGACACCCAGAAACUCUCUAACGGCUCCACAAGCCCAGGCAAUGACUGUCUGCAGAGCUCAGACCUGUACAGCCUCACCAGGAAGAACUUCUUACUGGAGAAAUAUGACAUCACCUCCUCUUUCAAUGUUUAUAAAGCGGUGUAUGCUGUGGCUCAUGCUCUGCACCAGACUCUAGGGUGUGAUUCUGGAGAGUGCCAGAGGAUGAGGGUUCAUCCAUGGGAGCUUCUCUCGAGGCUCAAGGAGGUACGGUUCUUGCUGGGAAACACCUCUGUUUACUUUGAUGCGAAUGGUGACCCACCCACUGGAUAUGACAUCAUUUCCUGGAUUUGGAGGGGAACAGACUGGUCUCUUAGACUGGUGGGCUCCUUCAGCCCAUAUCCCAUUACACUCACAGUUGAUGAUGAUCAGAUUGAGUGGUAUGACACAGGAGACUCACGCCCAGUGCCACUGUCCAUCUGCUCUACACCUUGCUCGAAAGGCUACAAGAAGCUGCUGACCGGGCAGCACAAGUGCUGCUUCGACUGCCUGAAAUGUCCGGCUGCCACCUUCCUCAACGAAAGUGAACCCACUAAAUGCCAGCAGUGUCUGCCGGAGCAGUGGGCUCCUCCGGGCAGUGAUCGGUGUCUGAACAGGACUGUCGUGCUGCUUGCCUGGGAUGACCACCUCUCCAUCGUCCUACUGUUCUUUCUGGCCAGCUGUCUUCUCAUGACCUCCAGCACUGCAGUAAUCCUUCUGCUCAACCUGAAUACACCUGUGGCCAAGUCUGCCGGAGGUCAAACCUGCCUCCUAAUGCUGGCAGCCCUGACUGUUGCUGCCAUGAGCUCUUUAUGCCAUUUUGGCCAGCCAUCUCCUCUGGCCUGCAUCCUCAGGAAUCGCCUAUUCAUCUUCAGCUUCACUGUGUGCCUGGCCUGCAUCACUGUGCGCGCCCUCCAGGUCGUCUGCAUUUUUAAAUUUGCGUCCAAGCUGCCGCUGGCAUAUGACAAGUGGGCCAAAAAACACAGGCCAGAGUUUACCAUUUUCCUGGUGUCCAUUACCAUUUUGCUCAUUUCUGUGAUCCACAUGUCCCUCAGCCCUGCCAGACCAUCCCGGGAUCUUGCUUUCUAUGAUGACAAAAUCAUCCUGGAGUGUAGUAACAACUUUUCACCUGGUACUGGCAUAGAGCUAGUUUAUGUCUCACUGCUCACUAUACUCUGCUUCUCUUUCAGCUACAUGGGAAAAGACCUUCCUGCCAACUACAAUGAGGCCAAGUGCAUCACCUUCAGCCUCAUGGUGUUCAUGAUCUCCUGGAUUAGCUUCUUCACUCUCUACCUCAUCAGCAGAAACCAAUUCACCAUGGCUGCUAACGUAGUUGCCAUACUCUUCAGCGUGCUGGCCUUUCUUGCAGGCUACUUCUUCCCCAAAAUCUAUAUAAUUGUUCUGAAGCCACAAAUGAAUACAACUGCCCAUUUCCAAAACUGCAUUCAAAUGUAUACCAUGAGCAAACAAUAA